CCUCGGACGCCAAUAUCGAGGCAGCCGCACUGACGGUUUAAAUUCAAAAAAGUAACGGGUAAUGGCAUGUUUUUACUGAAGUCGUCUUGUGACGACAGUGAUGCGUGUGAAUUUCCCUCGUGCAAUAAGAAGUUGAUAUUUUGUAAGAAUUAAGAGAAGAUAAUAACGUCGGAGUACGAUGGACGAUCAACACGAGUGGAGGCCAAUCGUGCAGAAAAUGAUCAUGGAGCUUGAGCAAGCGCUUGAUGAGCUGCAAAAGACUUGGGAAGACAUAGGUUGCUCCAGAGAAACGCGGGAAAUGUAUUACGAUCAGGCGCACAAUCACAUAAAGGAUCUGUUGAACGAAAUGGUGGCCGAGUCGCAGACUAAGAAGCAGCUAUUGCUGGAGAGUAUAAAGGACCUGUUGAAGCGGACAACAAUAUUGUAUACGGAGCUGCAUCUUGACACAGAAACAAAGAGCUACGAUCAUAUCCCUUUGAGUAAGGUGGAACAGAUGCUUCGAAGCGAGUUGCAAGAUCUGGAACACAUAAAGAAGGAACGUAUGAUGAUUCUGAAAGAAUUGUUAAAUAAAGAACACGAUAUUUGCGAGAAGCUCGGUGUCAAGAAGUUGAACAUCGUCACUGAUGUUGUGCCCACUGAACAGGAACUUGAGAGUUUUAAAUUAUAUCUGCAAAAGCAGGAGAAUGAGAAGAUACGUUUGGAGAAUGUUUUUACAGAUAUACGUCGUUCUAUAAUUAAGAUGAUGGACGACUUGGACAUAUCCCCAUCUUCGCCAUUUCAACAAUUAAUUUGCGAGAAUCCAGAAGAGUUUGUGCUCAGUGCGAACAAUAUGGCAAAAUUGAGGGAGUUUAGAGAUGACUUGAAAACACAAGUGGAAGAGACGAAAUGUCAUGUGGAGAAAAUGAAGGAAGAUUUGUUAGCGUUAUGGAAAUAUCUCGAUGAGCCUGCUGAUGUUUGUCAAUUGUUCCUCGAAAGAUAUUCCGAUUAUAGCACUGGCACUAUAAACGCGCUCAGUGCGGAGAUCAAACGUUGUAAGGAGAGCAGAAAGGAGAACAUAUUCAAAUAUGUCACGCAGAUAAGAUUAGAAUUGAUGAACUUGUGGAAUUUAUGCAAAUAUUGCGAAGCAGAAAAGAACACGUUUGCACCAUUUCAUUCUAAUACGUUUACGGAGGAUCUAUUGACAUUACACGAGCUAGAAGUGGAAAGACUGCGCAGAUUUUAUAACGACAAUCGAACGAUAUUUGAUCUUCUAGAGCAGCGCGAGAAUCUUUUAAUGAAGAUAAAGGAAUUGCUUCAGCGUGCAAAUAAUCCGGAUCGCUAUCACAAUCGCGGCGGUCAAUUGUUGAUGGAGGAGAAAGAGCGCAAGGUGAUACAAAAGAAAUUACCCAAAAUAGAGGCGGAAUUACAGCGGUUGGUGAAUGAAUAUGAAAGCAAGCACAACCAGAUGUUCACCAUUUAUGGCAUGUCGUUGGAAAGUGUAUUAGCGGAAACUUUGGAGACUAUCAAUCAUGAGAAGGAGACGAUGAAGAAGGCGAGAAAGGAGGCGAAAGACAAAUCUAUCAAGAAGUCGCCUCUGAACAGUUCGAAGAGGACGCCGGGUCUAUCUCAUCUCAGCGUUCACCGAGGUCCUACCCCGCUGUCGAAACGCAAGCUGUUCAGUCCGUCCCCCAACACGUCGAUAAAGCGCAGAAAUAAAAACGGCGACAAAAAUAAACCCACUGUCAGCGGGUCCAAGAUUAGAAGAAGCAGAGGAAUUCCGAAGAUUGUUGUUCAGAAGACGCAUCGAUCCUCCAAAGGCGGACAGAACAGAAAGGAAUCGUUAUCCCCCGUCAACAGUAUCGUAGAUACUACAUAUAAUCAAUUUCAGGGCCACAUGACGGACAGGGAGGAAUUGCACAGCUCGAUGCUGCCGGAACAGAUACUGAGGAAUUCUAGUAAAGCCAAUUUCAACAAGACACCGAUAGUACGAACGCCCAUGAAACCGUUGAGGAAGAAUCUCUCCGCUGCCACGACGCCGGUCGCACGUGGUUCCGCACGUAAAGCACCGCACAGUCCUAGAAUCAAUAGUACACCAAAAUUAGCGACGGCCCCGAGUAAUUUGCCCUUCAUUUUCUAAGCGAGAGAACGAGAAAUGAGGAACUUUUGAUAAUAUAUAACGACGAAAUAAAUGUUCUUAUCUGCGAGAAUGACUGCAAACAUUAAUUUAACGAAGUUACACAAAUGUUUCAAGAUUUCUGCUUCUGAUAGAUUUCUAUCAUAUGUGGUAACAGUACAAAUGCGCGAGAUUCGAUACACAUCACUGCUUGGUAACAUUGAAACAACGCAAGAAUUGUAUUUGAUGUAACCAACCAUAUGCAAUCGAUAGCUUAACUUAAUUAUAAUUUUUUUGUUAUACUGCUAGAUUUAAAAAAAAAAAGCACUUUAUGAUACCUUAUUUCCACUGAACAGGAGUGUAGCUUGAUGCAAUCGUUAUAUGUAGCUAGUAGUGAAGUGUAGAUUAAAAGUUUAGUAUUAUUGCAUAUGUCAAAUAAGUCAGUGUACAAGCAUUUUUCUCUGUGAAAGUUUUAUCGCUUGAAUUAAAUAAUGUUUUAAAUAAGGUUUAAAUAAGAUAACUUUUGUACACACUCUAUAUGAAGAAAAAAAAAGAUGUCAAACUCUC